GAGCGACUCGGCGGCGGGGGUGGGGGCAUCCCGGAGCCAGCGCGCGGAGGCUUCGGUCCCGGCGGCCGCGGGGGCUUCUCUUCCCACCCGGAGCAGGGAUCCCCGAGUGACCGAGUGCCCGCCCGCGCCUCCCCGCCUCUUCCCCCAGCCCUGCGGACGGAGCCAUGGAGCUGGAAGAGGUCGCCCGCGGGGCGGCCCCGGGGCCGCCCCGGCCUGGCCUGGCGCCCGUCAGCAUCAUCGGCGCCGAGGACGAGGACUUUGAGAAUGACCUGGAGAUGAACGUGGAGGAGCAGAGCAGCCAGUUCCAGAGCCUGGAGCAGGUGAAGCAGCGCCCCGCCCACCUGAUGGCGCUGCUGCAGCACGUGGCCCUGCAGUUCGAGCCGGGACCCAUGCUUUGCUGCCUGCACGCGGACAUGCUGGGCUCACUGGGCCCGAAAGAGGCCAAGAAGGCGUUCCUGGACUUCUGCCACAGCUUCCUGGAUAAGACCGCGGUUCUGCGGGUGCAGGUCCCUCCCAGCGUGGCCUUUGAACUGGAUCGCACGCGGCCUGACCUCAUCGCCGAGGACGUCCAGCGGCGCUUCGUGCAGGACGUGGUGCAGAGCCAGCAGGCAGUCGUGGGCCGGCAGCUGGAGGACUUCCGCUCCAAGCGUCUCAUGGGCAUGACGCCCUGGGAGCAAGAGCUGGCCCAGCUGGAGGCCUGGGGGGGACGGGACCGCGCCAGCUACGUGGCCCGCGAGCGGCAUGUGGCCGAGCGGCUGCUGGCCCACCUGGAGGAGAUGCAGCACACCAUCUCCGUGGAUGAGGAGCGCUGCGCUGCAGUGGUCAGUGCCAUCAGCCAGUACAUGCGCCAUCUUGGGGUGCGGACCAAGAGCGGGGACAAGAAGUCUGGGAGGAACUUCUUCCGGAAAAAGAUGAUGGGGAACCGGCGGUCCGACGAGCCCCCGAAGACCAAGAAGGGGCUGAGCAGCAUCCUGGACGCCGCCCGCUGGAACCGGGGCGAGCCCCAGGCUGCAGACCUGCGGCACCUCAAAGGCGAGGUUGACGGUGAGAAGCCAGGCCCUACAGAGCGGAAGGGGGGCCUGGGGGUACCCUCCCGGGACCGCAGCACCGGGGCUUCUGGGCAGGACGCCCCCGGAAUCUCUCUGCACCCGCUUUCUGGGGACAGCCCAGACCGGGAGCCCGGUGCUGACAGCCCCCUGGAGGUGGGGGACCCUCCCCCCCAGGGCCCAGUGAGCCUGGAGCCCCCAGCGCCCCUGGACAGCACGGAGGAGGGUGCUGACACGGAGAGGCUUUCAGGGCGUCUGGGGCGCUCAGAGAGCCUGCGGGUGAGUGACCGCCGCCGGCCUUCCCGGGGCAGCCUCGGGGCUAAGGGCCGGGGUGGGGGCCGUUCCCGGAGCGACGUGGACAUGGACCCCAGCUCUGCCACGGCCGUGCUUGGCCCUGCCCGACGAGCCACCCCCGAGCCUGGAGAUGAGGGCGAGCCGGGGCGCUCAGGACUGGAGCUGGAACCGGAAGAGCCCCCUGGCUGGCGCGAGCUCGUGCCCCCAGACACCCUGCACAGCCUGCCCAAGAGCCAGGUGAAGCGGCAGGAGGUCAUCAGCGAGCUGCUGGUGACGGAGGCAGCCCACGUGCGCAUGCUGCGGGUGCUGCACGACCUCUUCUACCAGCCCAUGGCGGAGGGGGGCUUCUUCCCCCUGGAGGAGCUGCAGAACAUCUUCCCCAGCCUGGACGAGCUCAUCGAGGUGCAUUCCCUGUUCUUGGAUCGCCUGAUGAAGCGGAGGCAAGACAGUGGCUACCUCAUCGAAGAGAUCGGAGACGUGUUGCUGGCCCGGUUUGAUGGUGCGGAGGGCUCCUGGUUCCAGAAAAUCUCCUCCCGCUUCUGCAGCCGCCAGUCCUUUGCCUUAGAGCAGCUCAAAGCCAAGCAGCGAAAGGAGCCUCGAUUUUGUGCCUUUGUGCAGGAGGCCGAGAGCCGCCCCCGGUGCCGCCGCCUGCAGCUGAAGGACAUGAUCCCCACGGAGAUGCAGCGGCUGACCAAGUACCCCCUGCUGCUGCAGAGCAUCGGGCAGAACACAGAAGAACCCGCGGAACGAGAGAAGGUGGAGCGGGCGGCCGAGUGCUGCCGGGAGAUUCUGCACCACGUCAACCAAGCCGUGCGUGACAUGGAGGACCUGCUGCGGCUCAAGGAUUACCAGCGACGACUGGAUUUGUCCCACCUGAAGCAGAGCAGCGACCCCAUGCUGAGCGAGUUCAAGAACCUGGACAUCACCCGGAAGAAGCUGAUCCAUGAAGGGCCGCUGACGUGGCGGGUGACGAAGGACAAGGCUGUGGAGGUGCACGUGCUGCUGCUGGACGACCUCCUGCUGCUGCUGCAGCGCCAAGACGAGCGGCUGCUGCUCAAGUCCCACAGCCGGACGCUGACGCCCACGCCGGACGGCAAGACCAUGCUGCGGCCCGUGCUGCGGCUCACGUCCGCCAUGACCCGCGAGGUGGCCACCGAUCACAAAGCCUUCUAUGUCAUUUUUACUUGGGACCAGGAGGCCCAGAUAUACGAGCUGGUGGCGCAGACUGUGUCCGAGCGGAAGAACUGGUGCACGCUCAUCACCGAGACUGCCGGCUCCCUGAAGGUCCCUGCCCCUGCUUCUCGCCCGAAGUCCCGACCCAGCCCGAGCAGCAUGCGAGAGCCCCUGCUCAGCAACUCUGAGAACGGCAACGGCAGCCGAGAGAUGCCGCCCCCUGACGGCGAGACCGCCCGGACUGAGAGACUCCUCGGUGACCUCCUGCCCUUCAGCCGCCCGGGCCCCGAGGGCCAGCUUGCAGCCACGGCCCUUCAGAAAGUGCUGAACCUGAAACAGCUCCUGUGUCCCGCGGAGGGAGACAGCGGGGCGGGGCCUCCCCGCGAGGAGGAGGGAGGCCCCGGGGGUGGCCCCCUGAGCCCCCCGCAGACCCAGGACAUCCAGGAGAAGCUGCUCAGCCUGGAGGAGACCCUCCGGCAGCUGGAGGAGUUGGAGGAGGAAAUGUGCCGCCUGCGGCCCGUCUUGUCUCAGCUCGGGGGGAACCCCGUGCCCCAGCCGGGCUGCACCUGAGGACCCCGCCCAGGCAGGCCUUUCUCAAGAACAGGAAUGCGGGAGAGGACAGGAGGGGCCGCCCCCACGCAGCUGCCGUAGCGCCUCGCGCCCAGGCCUGAGCAGAGGGAGCCGGCGCCUUGGGGCCACAAGGGGGAGGGGCCGGCUGGGGUUCCCGCCUCCCUCUU